AAAAUACUUAUAGGGAGAAGGGAGUGAGUGAAGAUCUACAUCGGAAACAAGGGAGGAAUAAAACGGUACUAUUGGGGUCUGUUACCCUACGGAUUCCACCGCCUCGGGCACCCGCCUCACCUUGCCUCGUGGGUGGGCCGGCCCUGGCACAGCGGCAUCCCUUGGGAGGACAGGGCGGGGCCUCCAAAGCUUUCCUUCCCAGCCUCCUCCGAGGGAACCAUCCGCGUGCCUCCUUGCUCCCAAAUGAGGACUCCUUUUCCUCUCUCGGUUCGCAGGCCGGCCAAAGAAAGGGAGGAGGCGGAGGAACACCUGGUUUCCUAUCACUUCACACGCCGCCUCGGCAGCAGACGCGUUGACGGCGCAGGCGCGAGGCGCGCGCUGCUCCUUCCCGUCUCCAUGGGAACCAGCCUGAGGUGGCCGGCAGUUUUUAAAGAGAGGCGGUUGGGCUCGACGCCUCUCAUGUCGCGGAGGCGCCUCUCGGCCCCCGCGGGGCUGAGCCGGCGGCAGGACCAGGCGCUGAGCGGCACCAUGCGCCUGGUGAGGGAACUGGGGCCCACCGCUUUCGUCCUGCAGGAGGAAGAGCAGCGGGCGGCGGAGCACAGGGUUUUUCUGGGGAAUCCUCACUCGUGCAGCUGCUCAAUAUUUGUGAAAGAAAAGGAUCUUUGUAAACAUAUCUGCUGGUUAUUGUUGAAAAAAUUCAAACUUCCCAGAGACCAUGAAUAUGCUCUACAGUUGGGUCUUGUGGAAAGAGAAAUUAACCAAGUGCUUCAGGGUCUACAAGUUGCUCCCCAACUAAAGCUAUCUGCUAAUUCCACCAAGGAGCUGCAAACAGCUGAUGAUGGGUACAUUAAACAAAAACAAAUUGAUGAUGAGGAUGUGUGCCCUAUUUGCCAGGACAAGCUGCUGAAGAGAAUGCUUCCUGUCACUUACUGCAGGUUUGGUUGUGGCAACAACAUACACAUAGUAUGUAUGAAGAUCUGGGCUGAUCAUCAGAUAGAGUUAGAAAAAGAUUCUUUGGUGAAGUGUCCCCUGUGUAGGGAAGAUUUUGCACCGUUGAAACUUAUAUUGGAAGAAUUCAGAAACAGCAAAAGACUCAUCACUGUAGCAGAGAAGCAGCAUCUUGACAGACAUCUUGGAAUCCCGUGCAAUAAUUGCAGGGUAUGUCCCAUUGAAGGCAAUUGUUACAAGUGCACCGAGUGUAGUGAAUAUCACCUAUGCCAUGGAUGUUUUAGAAGAUUUUGUCAUCCUUCACAUAGCUUUGCUUUUCGUGAGAAAAGGAAUCAGAGAUGGAGGUCAGUUGAACCAGUAACACAACUAUCAACUUCAGAAAAUCUGCAGAGUUUUAAUCCAGAGAACUCUAAAGAGGAAAAACACAGGGAUAACUGCAUACCAGAGGGUAUAAUAAACUCAUUACCUACUGUGCUGGUUGGAAAAUGUAGCAGUUUACUUGAUCCAGGCUUGCAAUGUAGACUCUGCUUGAAGAUCUUUCACCUUGGCCAAAUGACAAGAUUCUUGCCGUGUAAUCACAAGUUUCAUAGGAAAUGCAUUGACCAUUGGUUGCACAAAGAAAAUGCCUGCCCUAUUGACGGACACAUUGUGUAUAAUCCAUUAACCUGGGAGAAUGUACGAAGCAAAGGCGAAGUAACCCCAAUUAUGUCUCAAGCAAAGAAUAAGUUUACAAAGCAGGAUGAGCAGGAGCUUUUUAUACCAGGGACAGGAUUGCUUGUCAAGCAAAUGAAACCUGGCCAUGUUCUUGAGAAGUCUCAAAGUCAAAUUCAAGUGCGUUGUAAGAAGAAAAAUAAUUCAGAAUGUGAAGAGAGUCUAACACGGAAUGGCUUCAACUGUACUUGUACAAGAAGCUCUGCUUCUAGCCAGCACAGUACUCAGAAAAUCAGAAAUUUGAAGUUUUCUAGAUAUGCUAGGGGUUUGUCUCUUAUUCCAAAGCCUCAUGCUGAUGUGUUUACACAGGAGGCAAUUGGCACUGCCUUGAGAGGUUUAUCUGUAACUCGAAAUGCCUUUUAAAUUUCCAUUCUGUGCACAUUUACUUGGGAGUAAGCCCCAUUGAACUGAGUAGGACUUACUUCUGAGUAAAUGUUUAUAGGAUCAGGAUGCAAGUUUAAUAUAUUUCAAAAGAACUAUUUGAAUUUAUUAUAUUCUUUUUCGCUCCUAUCUCAUAUUAGGAGGAAUCUGCGAAAUAGCCAGCUUGGCUUAACUCAGUACUUAAUCUUACAGCAAAUUAUGUCUGGCAACAUUAUGCCUGCACAAGUCAUAUACAUCCAUAUUGUUUCCGUUAAACAUGAUGAGAAAAAAAUCUGUUAAUGUAUAAAGCAUUAAGACAUAAAUUUGCCAUUUAAAUUUUGACAUUAAUAAAAAAAAAUUCAUUUGAUCCUGCAUAUCAAAAAUUAGAGAGGAAGUCAUGUGCACAAAUGACUGCUGUGCAUGUUUUCCCUCCUGAUUUAGCAGCUGGAACUGCAGAUAUGUGCCAUUUUAAAAAGUUUUGAAGCAUCAUAUAGUGGCUGCUCAUGUGGGCAAAACAGAGGGUUGAGGUUUUUCCCUCCCUCAGGUUUUUACUUUUAAAAAGUUUACAUAUGCGCUGUGUUGAAUUGGAGCCACUACUUCUACAGCACUUCGUUUUACGUAAGUACUCAGAAACAUGUAUAGUGGAUGAAUGAACUCAGAACUACACCAUGAGGAACCAGGAAGUUUCAAGCAAAGGUUCAGAGCAUAUCAUAAGGAGCCUGAAAUUGCAAGAGAAUAGGUAUUAAUGAAGAAUUCCUUAAUUUUGAUCCCCUUGCCUUGGUUUGUCAGGUGAGAUUGUUUUACAAAAUUUGCGAGUAGCUGCUGGGUAACAUUCCUAGGAAUGGAAGCCAAGCUUAGCAUAUCUGCUGCUUUGUUAAUUUAUAUCUGUUUUUAUUAAUACAGCUCAUUUAUUGGGCAAUGCUUAUUUCAAGCAAGUAUACACAGACCCUAAUGUGCAUCCUUAAAAUCAGUUGAUAAAAACAUGAAUCUUCUUUGUUCAUAGAAGUGGAAAAAUGAAUUAAAAUAUUAUCUUCCACAAUGAAAGAACACCCAGCUUUAUUUUGUAACAUCAAGGAAAAAAUUAUUAACAUGUCUCUAUGCAUCUUUUGGUUUUCAUUAAAAUAAAAUAAAAUACCAUAAGGUUCCAGUUCUGUGUACGGCUACUUCAGAGCAAGCGCCACUGACUUCUGUAUAAGCAUGUUACUCACUUCUGCAUAAGCGUUUGGGGGGCGGGGAUAGCUUUACAUGAGCAAUUAGCUUUUUCAUGAGAAGAGUGCAUUGCUAGUGAAAUAACAAUGAUGCAUUAUCAUGCGAGUCCAGGAAUUGUUUUUAAAAGGACCAAGAAUCACGAAGGCUAUAUUUGCAAGUUUUUAAAAUAUUUUUAUUAUAUUGCAUGAACUCUUUUAACAUCUUAUAAAUUUUAAGAUACACUGUAGCAAUAGAUCAUUAGUACCAUAGCAGUUACACAAACAUGAUAUGCCACCCCUGACAGAAUAGAAAAAUGGAGAUUUUUUUUUAAAAAAAGAUUGAGCUACAGAAGGUCAUGAAAUUGAAAUGAGAAUUAAAUAGAAUUCUAACAUGUGUCUCAAAGAAUUAACAAGUGGCAGUGGUCUGCUUGUUCUCAGUAUUUACAGCUUAUAAGUGAUGACCAGUAUUGGCUUGGGAACACUCAGGCUGGAACUAGUCUUCUGAGAUGCUGUGUGGCUCAGUGCUGAAAACAGCUCUGCACGUUGAGUGCUUCUUUCCUCCCACAUUACAUCCACUAAAUGGUAGUUCAUGCAGUUGCUGAGAGUGGAGAAAACAAUACAGUGCAGUUGCUUUUGAAGAGCAUCAGCUGGAAAAGGGCACUUGCUCUUAUUGGUGAGGCAGAAAAAGCAAGGACAGCUACAGUAGGCAGGAUCAGUACUCCUGUAUCAAGGACUCCUUUCAGUGGCAGCCACACAACUCUCAUGUCUGGUUUCAGACUCUGUUCCCAGUAAUUGUAGCUCACAGAACUGGGUUCCUGAUUCAAUUCAUGCUCUUAGGCAACCAUCUUAUGUACACUUACCCAAGUGUAAGUUUUCUUGAACUAAAUAGGACUUACUACUGUGGAACCAUGUGUUGGACUGCAGUCUUGGCAUACAAAGAACAGAAAAACUUCCCAACAGAACAGCUUAUAUGUAAAAAUACUCAUUUUUUACAAAGACACCGCAUUUGUUGAAGUACAAUAAACUGUUGUGCUUUAAAGUAGAGGAACAGUGUAUUAGCAAGUGGAAAAUGUACAAAUAUUUGACAAGUCUUUUAUUAUCUGCAAAGUUACUUUAAAUUUCAGUUGGUAAAACGAAUUGAUAUAAAAUUUCAAAAAUGCUAAGAAUUAUCA